GUCACCGCUUACUAUCAGAUGCCACCGCUCUACCUCUACGAUGACUACGAUCGCUGCCUGGACGAGUUCCCCGAGCGGGCCACCUACUGCCUGGUGGACAGCUGGAUCGUCCCAAACGACUCCGCACCGCUGUGGUCCGUGAUAGUGCAAUUUUCCGCCGACAGCAAGCGCAGCUUCCGCCACGAUCGACUCCAGCGCGGUCUGUGCAUGAACCGAUGCCACCAGCUACUGGCCCGGUUCGAUCCACGCACGCAGACGAAGUACUUCCGCGCUCGCUUCGAACCUAACGAUUCUCAGCAGAUCACGUUCGACCCGAACACGUUCCGCGGGGCGCUCGACUGGCGCAACCGAUACCGCCGUUUAGCCAAUCAAUGUGUCAAUUACGAGCUGAAACGUCAGUACUCCCUGAUGGCCUACACAACGGUAGAAUACUGCACGACGAACCGGGCGCAAACGGACCGGGACGUACGGGUGUCCGCGGUGCAAGCAGCACCGGAAGCAUUAGAUGAGAUUGAUGUUACGUUUCUGUUUGUCCUUGGUACACUACUCACCCUAACACUGCUGUCCACCGGGUACGAUUGCUAUCGAUAUCGGCAAGCGCGACCACACCACGGCGGCACGAUUGCGGAUGGAUUAAGAGAUUACUAUCGAUCCGGAUUGGAGCGCCCGGGUGUAAGCCGUGCCACCGUACUGCUCGUUGCGUUUUCCCUUCCCCGGAACUGGCAUCUACUAACGACGGCGCGUAGAAAGGCGUCCAGCACCGCCACGAAAGAUUUGCGCUUCAUACAGUCGGUCCGGUUUCUCGUCAUGUACCUCGUCAUCGCCGGCCACUCAAUGCUGUUUAAUUGCAUCUUUCCGCUACAGAACCCACAGUACGUCGAGCUGAACUAUCGCCGUGUCAUUACGAUGCUGAUAUUCAACGGCAUUACGGUGGUGCAGACGUACUUCACCGUGAGUGGAUUCCUGCUGGCCGUACACUUUGUGGAUUUUGCCGAAAAGCAGCGCCGUUUCCGCUGCUGGGACUAUCUGCAAAGUAUUGUGUAUCGAUUUUUAAGAUUAACACCAGUUUAUGCGUUUAUGCUGCUGCUCGACGCCACCUGGCUGAUCCGGCUGCAAGACGGCCCGAUCUGGAAGCGGGUGGCCGAAACGGAACGCACCCACUGCCGCACGAACUGGUGGGCCAACGUGCUGUACGUCAACAACUACGUCACCGUAUCGGAACCGUGUUUACAACAGAGCUGGUACCUUGCGACCGACUUUCAACUGUUCGCCAUUGGGCUUGCCAUUCUCGCGCUUACAUGGCGCUAUCCGAAGCUGCUUAAACCGUCGCUGGCCGUCGCCGUCCUGGGAGCACUUCUAAUACCGGCCAUCGUAACGUACGUCAAUCGUUUCGAAGGCGUCGUCAUCUUACGACCAGAAGCGCUCAAGUAUGUGCUGUGGUAUGAUCCGAUGUACCGCAAGAUGUACAUCCCGACGCACACCAACUUUGGCAGCUAUUUGGCCGGUCUCAUCGCCGGCUUGCUGUAUCACAGGCUGAAGCGCGCCAACUUUGAUGCCGUUCGCCAUCGGGGCUUUCGCACGCUCUGGUACGUAUCGCUACCGACCGCAAUCGUCCUGCUGCUGUCGGCGUACAUAUUUUAUGCGUACGAUUUUGAAAAGCCCGCGCUCUGGAUAGCGGCCUACGCGGCACUGGCGAAGAAUCUCUGGGGUGCCCUUUUCGGCGUACUGUUCGUCGGGCUGGCGUUCGGUGUUGGGGGUUUUCUACGAGCGGUGCUGAAUAAUUCGAUCUUUCGGCCACUCGGCAAGGUGACGUACUGUGUGUUCCUCUGUCAUCUGUUCGUGAUACGCGUCACGCUGGGAAACAUCCGGCAGCCGAUCUAUGUGAGCGAUAUGCGAAUUCUUGUGUCUACCUCCUCGACGCUGGUGCUGGCGUACAUUAUGGGGACGUUAAUGUGUCUGCUUAUCGAAAUGCCAUUUUCCAACGUACAGAAAACGCUGUUCUUCUAUAAGCCGGAAAACAUCUACAAGGAAGAGAUACAGCUGGUCUGCAAUGGUUGCGCUAACGAAUCAAAUCCAACUGUAAAGAACACCAAAGAAAUGGAACAAGAAUCGUAAAUUAUAAGAAUAUCAUUAGAAAAAGCUUUUACAUUCUAUUCCCUUGCUAUGCAUCCGAGCAAAUAGUACCCAACAUUACAAAGUAAUACACGCCUCCAUGCAAACACGGACCCGCUAGUGACGCACACACGGGCCAUCGUUUUAGCUAAAUGAUUACUGUCGUUUUCUAGACCCCUUGUGCCCUUCACUGAGCGUUUGGAUAGGAUAAGUUGAUCCGAUUUCUCUGUCUGGCUGGAGCAAAUUAGCAACAUGGAGAAUCAUUUAUGGAUAAGCAGUUUCUAGGAAACGGCGCACCAGCACCGGGGAGGAAAGCAGUUUAGAGCUACGCACCACAGGAAAUGCAUACGACUACAAGCAACAAGCCUUUUGUAAACUUACGUUUAUGUCUGAGCUGACUUUAGAGUGGAGUUUUAAGUAAACCAGUUCCAGAAUCAGGAUAGAAGUGGACCGAUUAGUCUGCGGAGUAGGUUGCGUUUGUUGGCUACGCAUACGAAUGUGCGUCCUAUUCAUGAGGGUCGUUAGUGAGCUUUGAGUGCAGGCUAAGUGACUUCAACGGGAGGUGAGCACGGAGCGGCUUUAUUUAAAGUAAUGCACUAGUGUCAGGGGCAGCAUUUUGAGGGAAUUAUUUAUGCAUAAUAUGUAGUGUAGCUAGAUUUCAGACAUUGUAGCAAUUUGACGAUGCAUGAAAAGUAAUUGUGAAAAUUGUAGGAAUGCUCCAAAGAUGUAAUAUUAAAGUAAACAACAAACCAAUAUCUUCCAAAA